GCUUCAUAGCUUCACAUUAAGGAUCGGCAGCAGUAAUAUUAGAAGCAGUAGUGGUGGUAUCAGUAGUAACAGCAGUAGUAGUAGUAGACUAGUGUUAGUAGGCCUAGAAGUAUCAGCAGCAGUAAUAUAAGAAGCAGGGGUAUCAGUGGUAAUAGUAACAGCAGUAUAACAGUACUGACAGUAAUACUCGCAGUAGUAGUAGUAGUAGUAGUAGCUAUUAGUGGUUAAGAGUUAAAAGCUGGCAGAUGAAGACGAAGCAGCCCAUAAUAUGAAGAUUCACUGCAACAACUGGAGCGACAUUAUGAGGAAAGGUCUUUCAAACAGGAUGCUAUUUAGUCAUUUGGGAAAUGUCGACAUUCCCCUGUGUUAGACAGACAGAUAGGAGCAGGUCUUUAUUGGCAGUAGUUGUGCGGUGGUGGAGCAGAUCUGUCCUGUUUCUCCCAGUUUGGACAAGGUCUACACACAGGGUGAGGACAGUAUGUGGACACUGGCUCUUCAGCUGGGUUUCAUUGGUUUAUACCUGCAGGUAUCCACAUGCUACCAAUCAUGCACUUUGCAUGGCUUUGUAGCUGCUUGUUCCUUCCAGCACCACUACUGGGUUCCUGCUUUGCCUCUGAACAUCACCCACCUCUACCUAGACGCAAACUACAUCUCUGAGAUCAAUAGCACCUCGCUGAGAGGCUACGACCAGCUGCUACAAUUAGAUCUUGGAAUGCAGUAUGUGCCGCUCAUCAUAAAGAACAAUGCUUUCUUAAGGCAGAGGAAAUUGACACGGCUGGUCAUAGGAGCAAAUAAAGGCCUUCAGCUGGAGCCAAGGGCAUUUGCAGGACUGUUCAAUUUAGAACAACUUUUUUUGGAUAAUUGCGAUUUGACAGACUCCAUACUGGCAGAAAACUAUCUGCAGCCACUUUUGUCCUUAGAAACCCUUGACCUCUUUGGUAACAAAAUAGUGAGGCUGCAACCUGGACUGUUCUUUUCAAAACUCACAAAGUUCACACAACUAAAUCUCAAAUUGAAUAAGAUUCAAAGAUUAUGUGAAGAGGAUCUUGUUGGCUUCCGGGGGAAACACUUCACACUCCUGAACUUGGUGUCCAAUCACUUUUACAGAAGUGAAGAUUUUGACUGGGGAUGUGGUAACCCUUUCAGAGGGAUGGCCUUUAAUGUCCUUGACUUAUCCAGCAACGGGUUCAGUUUGAACACUUCACGUCAACUUUUCAAAGCAAUAGAGGGAACUCCAAUUACUCAUCUGAAAUUCUCUGGACACAUUGGCAAAGGCUUUUCACAUGACAACUUGCCUGAUCCAGAUGAAAGCACAUUCGAAGGCCUCAUCAACAGUGGAGUUAACAUAUUCGAUCUGUCUAAUAAUAGGAUAUUUGCUUUGCAGAGGGCAGUUUUUAGUCCUUUAAAGGAUGCAAUAAUUAUUGACAUUUCCAAAAACAGAAUCAAUCAGAUUAACAGAAAUGCCUUCAAUGGUCUUCAAGGACAUUUACGAAUGCUCAACCUGUCAUUCAACUUACUAGGAGAAAUAUAUUCUCACACAUUCACCAAUCUGACAGACCUUAGGGUGUUGGAUUUGUCUUACAACCACAUUGGUGCUUUGGGAUACAAAGCAUUCAGUGAUCUUCCCAAAUUACGAGCAUUAUAUCUGACAGGAAACUCACUGCGAGACCUGGGUUUUCCUGCGUUAUUACCAAACUUAGAAUAUCUUCUUUUGGACGACAAUAAGUUGAAAUCAGUAAGCAGUAUCAUCGACUUGGGCAUAAACAGCAUCCAUGUGAAUGUUGCAGACAACAGAUUAACAAACUUGGAGGACGUUUAUGUCAUUUUAUCUCGUUUUAAUCAUCUCAAGAAUCUCUUCUAUGGUGGCAAUUUCAUCAAGUGGUGCACACUAAAUAACCAAGUAUCAGUGCCUCAUAAUAAUAGUUUGGAUGUGCUGGAUCUUCAUGACAGUUCCCUGCAGUUAAUUUGGACACAGGGCAGUUGCCUCGACCUGUUUGAUCAUCUUGGGAAUCUGCGCGGUCUAAAUUUAAGCUUUAACUCACUCGCGACUCUUCCACAAGGAAUUUUCAGCGGUCUCAGCUCGAUCAUAGAGAUCGACCUCUCGUCUAACGCCUUAACCUAUCUGCAGCCGGAUGUCUUUCCGGUCAGCCUGCAAAGACUCGAUCUCUCAAGCAACUUUCUAGCCUCCCCAGACCCUGUGACUUUUCAAUCUCUCAGCUUCUUCAGCCUUGCCGUAAACCGGUUCCACUGCGAUUGCCAUCUGGAGAGCUUCUUGAAGUGGCUGAAUGUGACGAAUGUAACCUUCCUAAGCCCAGUUGAGGAGUACAGAUGUGAGUUUCCAGCUGCUCUCCAUAACCUUCCCCUACUGGAUUACUCUAUGAUUAUCGAACCGUGUGAGGAAGAUGACGAAAAGGCCGUCCAAGAUCUUAAAUUUGCUCUCUUUAUCUUCUCUGCUCUCCUUAUCAUCACGGUCAUCCUCAGCGGGAUUGUUUACGCCCGUCUUCGAGGGCGCAUAUUCAUCAUCUACAAAAAGAUCGUUGGUAGGGUAAUCCAGGGCCCAAAACCGAUACCACCUUUGGACAAGGUGCAGUACGAUGCCUUCCUCUGCUUUAGCGACAGUGACUACAAGUGGGUGGAAGCUGCUUUGCUGAAGAAGCUGGAUAACCAGUUUUCAGAGGAGAAUAUCUUCCGCUGUUGUUUUGAGGCCAGAGACUUCUUGCCAGGGGAGGAUCAUCUUUCCAACAUCAGAGAUGCCAUCUGGGGCAGCAAGAAGACUGUGUGCAUCGUCUCCAAGGAUUUCCUUAAAGAUGGUUGGUGCUUGGAGGCGUUCACUUUGGCCCAGGGCCGGAUGCUGGAGGAGCUGACAAAUGUCCUGAUUAUGUUGGUGGUAGGGAAGGUGGCUCACUACCAGCUGAUGAAGUACAACGCAGUCAGAGCUUUCGUCCAGAGGAGAGAGUACCUGAUCUGGCCAGAGGACCCUCAGGACUAUGGGUGGUUUUAUGAGCGCCUUGUCGCACAGAUACUCAAAGACAAUAAGGUGAAAAAGUUUGCGGAGGACGAACCUGAGCCUGCCCAGCCUGACGCUCCACCUCAGAAUGAGGACGGUAUCCAGCUUGAGAGGAUUAGAGCAAUUGCCAUGUGAUCUCUGACUGUAUGUUAAAGAAGGUCUACUUUAACCAAGAUAUACUGUUAAUACUGACUUUCCAAAAUGUCACCAGUAAGUUAGUAUUCAGGAUGAGGAAGAAAUUUUACCUUAAAAGUGCCUUUUUGAUUUACAUUUUUUCAAGUCAAAAAAGGAAAAAAGAGGAACCUUCAGAGGAAGUAAGUAUACAAAAAACUGCAGAAUCAGACCCAGAGCCUGCUGAUUCUGCUCUGCUGUAGACCAUCUUAAAAAGGUUUUGUGUUUUAAUAUCUUGCAGUGUGUUUAGCUGAUUUGGGCUCACUCACAAGUCUUCAAGUAAAGCCACUUGGUCGGUGGCCCUCCACUUCAAAAUAUGACACCGUAGGCAUCCCUGUAGCAUCAUUUCUGGACGUGCCCACCAUCAAAGUUCAGUGAUGUUGAUUAAAGAGCGCAAGUCUGCAUAUGGAGGUGGUGGGGUGGAUGGGUGGGUCGCUCCAAACUAACACACCUUUAACCCAGGAGACCGCUGUUUGUGUCCCAUGUGAGACUAAAAGUAAAUAAUUUCUUCUAAGUAACAUACAUAAGUUAAGUUACGUAACAUUCUUAAGUAACUUCAGGUACGUUACGUAACUUAUGACCGUGGAGCCCUGCGCAUCCAGAAAUGACACAAGAGCGGUACCUACAGCAUCGGUACUUCUGUUUUGUCUUUUGUUAUUAUCAGUGUUUAUAGCACUCCAUGACCCAAUGAUAUGUACAGUACAAACAAGUGAUUGGUAUUAUGUUAUUGGAAUAAAUGAAAUGUAAUGUUUAAGGUGCAGUGUGUAACAUUUAGGAGGAUCUAUUGUCCGAAAUGGAAUAUAAUAUUCAUAGCUAUGUUUUUAUUAGAGUAUAAUCAGCUGGAUAUAGGAAUUGUUAUGAAAGACCGAGACAUAACAACCAGAUUUUUACUAAAUCCUACACACUGGUCCUUUAACUAAGUGUAAUGUGUCUGAUGAAUCAAGUGUACUAACAGUGUUUGGUAGGCAUUUGCUAGUUGGCUGUUCUCACUAAUAUCUAUUGUUGAUGCAAACACAGCACUGUUCACCCUAAUAGCUUACAGGAUGAGGCACAGCAUUGAAAUUUAGUCUGUUUUUUUAAUCACUGUUGGUGUUGUAUAACUGCAGCUCCAGAAGUGUGUGUCCAGUGGUAAGUCAGUGUGUGAAGAGCUGCUGUGGAUCUGUAGUAUAUACCAGCAUAUCAAUUUGUAUGGAAAAAGACAAACUUAUACCUCAAAAUAAUUCUUUCAAAUUGUCAAAACAGUUAAAAACUCAAAGGUAUUAUAUUUGUAAUGACAUGAAACAGAAAAACAGCAAGCUCCUGUAUGAUAAUGACCGAUGAGUGAUGAUCAAAUUGACUUUCAAAAUUGUCCUGUAUUGCAAAAAUUAAAAUAAACUCUAAACCGUUUAAGAGAAAAGAAUAUAUUUUUUAUGGUUUUAGGAAUGUAAAUGAUAAUUAUAUUUGAAUGGUUGAAUCAGAGUCCAUUCAAUUGGAUUGUAAACCUCAGUUUGAAUGAUUGUAUUCUUCAGAAUUGCAUUUGCCUCAGAUCUUGUAAAAAAGUACAGAAAUGGAACCCAAAAAAGUUUAAUUUGCUAUCUUCACCACUAGAUGGCAAGUGUUAGCUGUUUUUACUGGCUCUCCUCAGUCUCAAGUGAUCGGUGAAAACCAGUGCGUUAAUUAGUGAGAGUGAUCACCACAUCAAGACUGUUUAUAAUUGCACUGGGUGUGUCACAUUCAACAAGGAUUCCUUUUAAUGACACUAUUGCAUUAUAACAGCCACUGCAAAUGAUACCAUCUCUCUAAGAACUUGGGUUUUGUUGGACUGUAAGAUGAGAGUGAAUCUGAGGUCAGCCGGUUUCCUUUCGUUUGAGACGUGUGUCUGAAAACAGGAAGCCACUGGGCAGAGGAAAGCUUCCGUCCUGUUGGCCCCGGCCGCCUGCAUCCUCCCAGCCUUUAUGAGCCAGCUGUUCUGAACAUUACAGCCCGUCUGCAGGCUCCUGCUGCUUAUACACUGUGGACAGUCCAUUAAUCUGAACACAGGGCAGCAUUAACAUCUGUCCGCUCUGCUUUUAUUGUGCAGUUGUUUAUACUUUCUGGUAUUUUUACCAGUGUUGGACUUUUCUUGUUAAAUGCUGUUAGUACCCCCAAAAUGCGGUGGGUAUUAUUUGGAUGUACAUAGGUGUACCUGCUAUGUGAAGGCCCAGGAAGCCUUUUGUGUUCUUGACUGAGCGGUGAGGUUGAUAUGUACGGAGUCCUAAAAGUGACAAAAUGCAUCAAACGACUCAAAACUGAAAACGAAUGCAUCAAUAAAUAAUACUUUGGGGUUAAUCAUUAAAAUGAAAAAGUGUAAACACUGUCACUCUUCUUUUUAUCGUUCUCUAGUUGUUAUUCUUCUGAUUGUCCUAUUUUUGGUCUUGGUACACACAGUUCUUCUUCUUCCCCAAACAACAUUUCCUGUUUUGCUUACCACAUUUCAAAUUUUGGCCAUGCUUAUGUGAUAAUGAGACAAACAUAAAAACACUGAAAAAUAAUGGUGGGCCCAAAGCAAACACAUAUUGUGCAGAUGUUAUGAAGAUAAUAAUAUGGUGUCUGUGAACUUCUAAUUAGCGUUAUCGUUAGCUAGCUAGCUUUAUUAGCAUUUUCGCGCUAAAAUGCAAUUAGCUACUGUUAAAAUAUUUUUUUUUGUGAGAGUUUUAACAUGCACGCUCGUAUCCUGGUUGUGAGUCCUUCUCACCAUCUCAGUCACUGUGUUCUGUACCAACAAAGAACAACAGGCCACGCUAUCCCCGUUUCUUUCGGUGUACUAGCAUAUCGUUUCUUAAAAUUGGGAUAAGGCCUCAUCCAAAUUACUGAUAUGGUGUUUUUAUGGACAACAGGUAAACAGAAUAGUCCAGAAACCUGAUCAUAACCAGGAUACUAGUGUGUAUGCAAACACACACAGUCAAAAAGGCUG